GCGAUACCUCCUGUCACAUUCGCACGAUACGUACGAUUCCUACAUUAUUCCAUUAUAUAAUGGUGGCUGCGUGAGGCUCAUACCUUUAUUUCGUUUUCCAACCGCUGCUGAGACUCGUAGAAAUGUCUGUUAGUCGAAUAAUUGCUCGUACCUUUUCCACAUCGCCUGCCGCACAGCAGUUGGUGAAGCCUCCUAUUCAAGUCUUUGGACUAGAAGGCAGAUAUGCCACGGCUCUUUACUCAGCUGCAUCCAAACAGAAGGCUUUGGACACAGUAGAGAAGGAUUUAAUUAGUUUUCAAGGUCUCUUAAAAAAAGAUGCUGCGUUCGUAGAUUUUAUAAAGAAUCCUUCGAUAAAGCGAAAAGAUAAAGUGGAAGCUUUCAAGGCUAUUGGAAAGAAGGCUAAUCUGAAUCCAGCUACAGAAAAUUUAUUGACAUUGCUUGCGGAGAAUGGCCGAUUGUCAAAAAUCAAUGUAAUCAUCAAUCUAUAUAAACAGCUUAUGGCUGCUAACAGGGGAGAGGUAGUGUGCGAAGUUAUUACUGCAAUUCCACUUGAUGCCGAAUUGAAGACAAAACUUGAAUCGACACUGAAGCGUUUAUUGCAGAAGGGUCAAACUAUCUUACUCACUACUAAAGUAGAUCCUUCCAUCAUUGGAGGUAUGAUAGUGUCGGUAGGUGAUAAAUAUGUAGAUAUGAGUGUCGCUAGUAAGAUCAAAAUGUAUACUGACCUCAUUCAAGCUGCAGCAUAAUAGCAAAAAAUAUGAAGUAAUGAAAUAAAUUUAUUCCAUACUCAUAUAGACAUAUUGGAGUGUCAUGUACAUUAUCAGUAAAUAAAAUGUACAAUCAAGUAAACUAAAUCUUUUAGGCUAUUAUUCCUUGUAUUGUAUGGAUGUUAAUAGGAAAAUAUAUGAGUAUGUCGUUCACUUUUAAA